AAUCCGCUCGUGGAUCUCAAAUCGGAGCUUCCCGUUUGGAUCCGAAAAGAAGGAGAAGAAGGAGAAGCCAAGCAACGCGAGAAGAAGACGCGAGAAACUCCGGCGAUGAAACCCGUUGCUCUGAACUCCAUCGAAGCUCCCUGCGCUGCUUCUCAGCCCUUGGCCGUUCCUUAUUCCAAGGAAUCGAGAUUUUGGGGGAAUCGGAUUCCGGCUUCAUUGAGAGGAGCCCCGGGGUCGAAGGAUUCCCGGAAUCUUCAUCUUUGUUUGGGAUCCAAGAGUCGGAACCAUCGGGAAAUUAAAGCUGUUGCUGCUCCAGAUCCAAUAGUGGAAUUACCACUUACUGCAGAAAAUGUUGAGUCUGUUUUGGAUGAAGUUCGACCGUAUCUUAUUGCAGAUGGAGGAAAUGUUGCACUACAUGAGAUUGAUGGAAAUGUUGUGAGGUUGAAACUUCAAGGAGCAUGUGGAUCUUGUCCAAGUUCUGUGAUGACCAUGAAGCUAGGCAUUGAACGACGAUUAAUGGAAAAGAUUCCAGAAAUAGUUGCAGUAGAACCCAUUGCAGAUGAGGAAACAGGUCUUGAGCUUAGUGAAGAAAAUAUAGAGAAGGUUCUAGAUGAGAUAAGGCCAUACCUUGUGGGGACUGGUGGCGGUGUUCUCGAGUUUGUGAGCAUUGAUGAGCCAAUUGUGAAGGUUCGAUUAACAGGCCCAGCUGCUGGAGUCAUGACCGUGCGAGUAGCACUCACACAGAAGCUUCGUGAAAAAAUCCCGGCCAUUGCUGCUGUUCAAAUCUUGUCUUAAUAAAACUAGCUAAAGCCACUCUGAUGUAUUAUCUCAUACUGUAUAAAGAUUUUGUAUAGCCUUUGUCUUAGCAUUCGGCAGACAAAUCUUGACUGCUUUUGAUUUAUUUAGUGAAAAGAAUCCUAAGAUAAAAUCCUCAAGAAACACUUUCAGGUCA